AUGUUCUUUUCAAGUAAUACACAACAACCACCAGCCCCCGCAGAAGUGACGCCAAAACCUCGUUCGAGAACAAAGACAGUCGCAGCUCUCUUCCUUUCGGUUUGGGCAUUGGUUACAGGAAUCUUGGUUUUUAUUCAAUUGACAAAAGGUGGAAUUUAUUCUCUUUUGGCUUUACUUCAUCUUCGCUCUAAUGAAGCUUUACCUACCCUAACCCAACGUCUCACGGGUACACUCAACUACUCUGUUGGCUCGUUCGAAACACUGGCGAUCGGAUUGGGAUCGAUGUAUAUCAUCAUUGCUGCAGUUCCUUAUAUCAAAAGGGUUUGCACGUAG